AGCGCGCAGAGGCUCGCUGAAAGGAGAGCGGAGCAGCGAAACAUGGCGACUACCAACAAUCCGCGGAAAUUCAGCGAGAAAAUCGCUUUGCACAACCAGAAGCAGGCGGAGGAGACGGCUGCGUUCGAAGAAGUGAUGAAAGAAUUAAGCAUCACUCGAGCAGCCAGGCUGCAGUUGCAGAAGAGCCAGUACUUGCAGUUGGGCCAGAACCGCGGGCAGUACUAUGGAGGGUCUUUACCAAACGUCAACCAGAUUGGAAACAGUGCUGUGGACGUGGGCUUCCAGAUGCCGUUCCAGAACUCUGAUCUAGACACGAGCAGAAGCACGCGACACCACGGCCUGGUGGACCGCGUGUACCGGGACAGGAACCGCAACGCCCCGCCGCACGGGAAACCCCUGGCGCUCGAUAAACAUGGACGCCAAAUCGACAGCUGUCCGUACGGAGCUGUGUAUCUUUCCCCUCCACCCGACACCAGCUGGAGAAGGACCAACUCGGACUCGGCGCUGCACCAGAGCACGCUGGCGCCGGCGGGGCAGCAGGCCGUGUUCGUGGGCGGUUCCCAGGAGCUGCAGCCCAAACGAGUGCUCCUGCUCCCCGUCCCCGGGCCAGAGGAUAUGAAACAAGAGGCUGAUGAAGGAGGGGAAGAGAGCUGGGACUGCAAGAAGAACUCCAUCUCGAGAUCCAAGCAUUGCAAGGUGCCAGGGAUCAAUAUAUUCCCCUCCCCGGACCAGGAGCGCUCCAACUCCCUGAUCCCAGCAACCCACAACACAGGGGGGUCGCUGCCCGACCUCAGCAACAUCCAGUUCCUCCCGCCGCUGCCCACGCCGCUAGACGGGGACGAUGGCGGGGCCAGCCCGCUCGCCACCUCCAACAGCAUGGGGAACCUGGCGGCCGCCUCGCAGACGGGUCUGAACUCCCAGCCGGUGGUUUCAAUGGUGACGCAGUCGGGCCAGGACGACAUGGUUCCCCUCAUCCUCAACACGAUAGACCCCAACAGCCUCCAGCUGUCCCCCAACCUGUCCCCUCCGCUAUCACUCACUCAGGCCGCCAUCAACGCUAUGGCUUUGGAGCAACAGCUCUCUGACUAUGCCUUCUUCAGCCAGCAGACCUCUCCCCAGUCCAACCAGAGCCCACCACAGACAGGCCUGAUUCAGCUCCCCUCCUCAUUGGUCCAGAACCAGAGCUCCGCCUCCACAACAGGAAGUCAGACGUCGACGCAGAGCAGCAUUACUAUGGACAUCAACACACAGUUCAUGCAAAACUGGGAGGAGGAUUACAAUGCCUCCUCUCUGCACCAGUACCGCAGCAGGCUGGGCUCCUCUGCCAAUCAGUCUCCUACCUCCCCGAGCUCCAACCAAGGCUUCUCGCCCAUUGGUUCGCCUCAACAUAACUCCAUACUGGGCAGUGUUUUUGCUGACCUCUACGAACAGCAGCUCACAUCCAGGCAGACCAGUGCUCUCUCACAACAGCUUGAGCAGUUCAACAUGAUGGAGAGCCCCAUAGGCUCCAACAGUCUGUACAGCCAGGCCUCCACCCUCAACUACACGCAGGCAGCCAUGAUGGGUCUGACCGCCGGACACUGCAACCAGCAAGACCUGCAGCAGCUGGGCUACAGUAGCCAUGGCAACAUCCCCAACAUCAUCCUCACAGUGAGCGGCGAGUCCCCCCCAGGCCUGCCCAAGGACCUGAUCUCCUCUCUGUCCACGGACAUCAGCUUCGACAUGGACUCCCCGUUCCCCCUAGACGAGUUGAAGAUCGACCCGCUGACGCUGGACGGACUGCACAUGCUCAAUGACCCGGACAUGAUCCUGACCGACCCCGCCACCGAGGACGCAUUUCGCCUCGCG